AUGGCAGAGAUCGAAAGUGGAAGGACUGUGUCUAACGGCCGUCAGGAUUUCGCAGCUGCCAUGCUCAACUCGAUGGAUCCGAUCCUCACCAUCCCCAUCUAUCUGAUGACAAUCUUCGCUCCCCACUAUCGACAUGCACUGUCCGGUCGUCCUUGGGCCAAGAGGCUCCUGUCCGCCUUGCUUGGCGGAGGAUUUGGUGCUCUGCUCCUCACCAAAUCAGUCGGUCGACUCUGGGGCCAAUUCUUGUGGAAUGGAAUCCUCUAUUUUACAACCACGGCGGUCCGUGUAGAUGUUUCUGACGAUCUAUAUAUGGCGUUGUGGUGGCUCUACAGCAAGAAGAGGCUACUCGUGGGGACCAACGAACACCAUUUUACUUCUGUCACAAGCUUGAUAAAUACGUCGCCUGCGGAUCACCUCCAUAUGGAUUUGGCCAGUCGUGGCAGAAAUGGCAGUCUCGUAAUCCUACCGAAACCGGCAAAUCAGGUAUUCCACUACAAAGGACGGAGCUUCCUCCUCGGCACCGCUUCGCAGGAGAAGGCAUGCACGAUUCGCUGUCUAGGUUGGUCACCCAAACCUAUUGAGGAUCUCCUUGACGACGCAUACGAGGGGUACCGAGCCGAGCUCGGUAGGUACUCGAUUGCACUCUAUAUCCCCAGUAAAGAUACAGGGCAGUGGGAUACCUCGAUAUCGGUCUCUGCCCGGAGUCUUGAAUCAGUCGAGACAGGGACUUUGGUGAAGACAGCUCUCCUUGUCGACAUUGACAGAUACCUGGCGGGCAAAGACUGGUACAGAAGACGGUGCAUACCGUGGCGAAGAGGCUACCUAUUCCACGGGCCGCCUGGCACGGGCAAGACCUCGUUGGUAACUGCACUUGCAGCGCAUUUCCAACUGCCAGUGUAUGCAAUUACUUUCUCGGAAUGGCUCACCGACGGUGUGCUUCAGCAGCUUCUGCAUAGGCUCGAUGACACUAAAUGUAUUGUGCUCCUCGAGGAUAUCGACAGUGCUGGAUUGACGCGGGAAGGUCAAGAUCUUGAUAAAACAGGGCCAACCGAAAAGACGGGCGUGCUUUCCCGUCCUCUGACAAGCCCCAAGCGUCGCAGGAGGAGCGGUGUUACUCUUUCCGGUCUCUUGAAUGCGAUUGACGGCAUCGGUGCUCCAGAAGGCCACAUUCUUAUAUUGACAAGCAACUACGCUGACCGACUUGACCCUGCGCUGACCCGCCCUGGCCGCGUCGACUACCGCUUAAGGUUCGAUCUGGCUACAAGGGAGCAGGCUCACAACAUUUUUCUCCGGCUCCAGGCGAGUGACAACCCCCAUGAAGCACGGGUUGAUAUGGAAAAGGUGGCUCGGGCCUUUGCCGACAAGAUCCCCGAAGCAGUUCUGUCGCCUGCAGAGAUACAAGACUUUCUCCUGCACCACCGUGACGACCCUGGAAAGGCAGUCGAUGAAGUCGAUGAUUGGGUUCAGGGCAUGCUCGCAACCAAAGCAAAGAGGCAGGAGGAAGUUGUUGACGCCGAUGGGGACAACAAUGGGAGUAGUGAUGAACCUGAAUCAACUGAAGGAUCCUAG